UCAUGCGGGUGCUCCGGGUACUAUUUGUGGCCACAUCGUGCGCCUUCGUUAGCACGAUCGACGCCAAUUGCGACUGCCGGCCACGGGAGUUCUGUCCACCGGCUUACGGACAAGACUGGGUGCGGCAGUGUCGACUGCCGGGCGGUCGCCUGGGCGCGUGCUGCAGCCUGUCGGCAUUCGCCGAGUACACUUCUGGGGUAUCGCGACCUAGCAGCCGGUAUCAUGCCCCUCCGCCAAGCGGCGGAGGAGAGUACAAUGCACGGGGGUGCGUUCCGUUGGUGCUGUGCCCGAAAGCGGCAACUACGCCCGCCGAGCUCGCGCAAAGAGGCUGCCAGCUGCGCGACGGCUCCCUCGGCAUCUUCUGCACGUUCGACGGACAGAAGCUGCCGGCCAGCGGUAUGCGCCCGGCGGCGCAGGGCCAGCUUCGGCCGAUGCCAUCCAGGGUGUCCGGCGCUGCUGACGCACCCUUCGUGCUGGGUGCGCCGACGGAACAGGAGCUGACCGCGGCAGGGGAGGCUGGCCUUCAGGCAGUCAACGCCAUAGCCCCCACCACUUCCCAGCUGCUGAACAGCGACCUGGCGCCCAACGACAAUAGCCCGACAGCGUUGUUAUUCAUCAACGCGCAGUCUAGUGACUUGGAGCAGGCUCUAGGAAGGCAGGGCUUGCAGUCAAUUAUGGCGGUGGCCAGCCUGCAGGAGCAGAUGGUGCGCCGCACCAAGCUUGGGCAGGGUGCGAACGUGGCCGGUGGCAGCAGCGGCAACAGCACCGGUUCCCGACAACUGCCGGCCCAAGUGCCCAACUGCAUCCCCGAGGAGCCCAUCAGCUGUGAAAACAGUUUUUACCGCACCAUCACCGGCGAGUGCAACAAUCUGCAGAGGCCGCGACUCGGUCGAUCGCUGACCGGUCAGAAGCGACUCCUUCCCAACACGUACGACGACGGUCUGUUCGCGAUCCGAACGAGAGCAGUCCGCGGCGGCACACUGCCCAGCGCUCGGUUCGUAAGCGAGCGCGUGUUGGACACGUUCUCCAAUGAGCUGAAGCACUUCACACUGUCCAUCAUGCAGUUCAGCCAGUUCGUUAACCACGACCUGUCGCGCGCGCUGAUGUUUCGCCUCGACUCUGGCAAGGGGAUCCAGUGCUGCGAGAACGACGGCAAGACAUUGCCGCCGGUGCCUCGGCACCCUCAGUGCAUCCCCAUCCCCAUUCCGGCCGAUGACCCGUUCUACAGCCAGUUCGGCCAACGCUGCAUGAGCCUGGUGAGAUCCAUGCCGGCGCCCCUGCCAGACUGCAUUCCGCGACCGGCCAGACCGCUCAACGAGAUUACUACCUUCCUGGAUUUGUCCAACGUAUACGACAGCCAGGAGGCGAGAAUGAAUGAAUUGCGGGCGUUUCAGGACGGCCUGAUGCGAAAAAGUCCGGGUGAGCUGCUGCCAAUGUUGGACCCGGCCUCAAUGUGUCGUGCUUCCAUCUGCUUCCGAGCUGGCGACAGGCGUGUCAACGAGCAAAGUGGCCUGGCCCUCAUGCACACGAUUUUCUUGCGCGAGCACAACCGAAUCGCAAAAGCACUCAAGCGCGCCCACCCCGCCUGGGACGACGAGCGCCUGUUCCAGAGCGCUCGACGCAUUUUUGGAGGCGAGUGGCAGCACAUCAUCUACAAUGAAUGGCUGCCGGUUAUCAUCGGAUUUGACUAUGCCAGUGCGUAUGGUCUUCUGCCUCUGCAGUCCGGUUUCUCUUACGGUUACGACCCGAGUAUCGACCCCAGCGUCUCUAUCUCGUUCGGUUCUGCUGCUUUCCGAUACGGUCACAACAUGGUGCGAGACAUGUAUGACCUGAUAGACGCCGACGGUCAGGUGUUCCAGGUGGUCAACGUCACCAGGACCUUUUUUGAUCCGACUGUGGUGGCACAGAGCUUGGUUGAGCAUGCUCGCACCCUAGUUGCCCGUCGUUCGGAAACGGUGGAUACAAACGUGGCUCCGACCGUGCACGAACAGCUUUUCACUACCAACUUCCGGUUCGGUUUAGACCUUCUCUCACUGAACAUUCAGCGAGGUCGAGACCAAGGAACUCCAACGUACUUACAGAUGCUGGAGGCCUGUAGUAAUGUGCAGGUAAAGUACUGGGGCGAUCUUAACCGUCUAAUGGACCCUGAUGUUGUUGACCGGCUUCGGUACGUUUAUGAUGACCCCCGAGACGUGGACCUCUUCAUCGGUGGGCUGAGCGAGCAGCGAGCCCCUGGUGCUCAAGUGGGACCCACCUUCCAGUGCGUGAUCGGCCAGCAGUUCACUGACGCACGCUUUGGAGACCGCUUCUUUUACGACAAUGGUGGCUUCCCACAUAGCUUCACAGUCGCGCAGUUGGAGGAGAUAAGAAAGAGCAGCUGGUCGCGUAUUCUGUGCGACACUCUUGGCCCCGAGUUCGGAGACGACUUCACCAGGGUUCAACCUUUGGGUUUUAUAGAGACUCUUGGCCUAAACCAGAUAAUGGACUGUCAAUCGCUGGCGAUUCCUACCGUUGACCUCGGGGUGUUCUAAACGAGCUCCUUCCUGCCCUGAUGCAAGGCAUGUGCGCAUGCCGUUAGCAGUCCGAGUUUUUUUUUAGCCGUGAACAUUAAGUCGCGGACUACGUGUCGAAGCAGCUCGUCAGAAAUGUCUAAAAAAAAUUGGGAGAUCUCUGCGAUGAACUAAGGUUCCAGCACAGAAUUGCAUAUCUAGUAGAUUUCCAGUAUUAUGCUGAAAUCUAGAUCCUGAAUAUUGUUAUUUCUGGCAUAUGGUUACCUGCUCAACACCGUCUUAUGUGUUGCUUAAGUAUACAUAGUUCUCGAGACAACAUGAGAGUAUUAAGUGCUAAUAUGACUCAUUCAACUUCAUUCGACCUGCUAACACCUGACAAACUUCCAUUACACCCGCCAAACGUCAAAUGAACCAUCGCUCUUUAUAAUUGCCUCAAGCGGUUUGGCAAAAGCUUCAUAAUGUAUUGUUCCGCCUUUCUUAAGGCAGCUUAUAUUUUGACACAUUAUUGGCCUCUAAGGCCCACCUAGUGGGACGAAAGUGACAAACUCUAGUAGGGCGAGCUAUCUGCAUUGAUAGCAAAACUUUAGGCCCAGCCGUAAAAUCCAAUCUGCGAAGAGAUAGAAGGUAAGUUAUUACGUUCUGCCAUCCAAGGAAUGAACGCAAAAAAAGUUGAGAAAGGAUGACAACCUGCCCGCCUCAUCUUCUUUCAUGUGAAAAUACAAGAUUUAUUCAUGAAUUUUCGGUGCUUCCGUUGUCUCACGUCGAAGGCUUCUAACAAAGUGGUAACACCAAAGGGGCAGGAGUGACAGUGAGGGCAGGAAGUUUGUCCGCUGUAAUCACUUUGCACUGGUAGUACCUUACUCACUAUAUGAAAAGUCAUUAGCUUGACCAACGUCAAGGAUACAGAAGUCUUUCGGGUAGCGCGCGAAGGCUCAGCGGGAUGUCGGCACACUUGGUUGCAGUCAUUUAUUUCCAAUUAGUUUCAUCACUGGACAGUGCUAAAUUCUUUCUUUUAAGUUAUUCAAGUUAAGUUAUCUAACAAGUUUAAAAGUUUGUUAAAAUUUGGAAUUGAUCGUGAGCCAGACGCCAAUAGUUACAAUGAUUGAUGCGUCAACAAUCACUUAACCUAACAGGCAAGUGCUGUUUGUGAGCGCAGGCCGUCCGUGGUUACAGCGAACAGCGGUGGGUGACAGAACUUGUCAAGGAGAGGUACCUGAGGGGCGGCGCCCGCACGAUGUGCGGCUGUCGUGGAAAAAUCUCGGCUUGAUAUUGUGAGUGCAUUAGUUGAAGCUGAAAGUGGUUCAGAGAUGUAUGUCUACAUUGUGCGGAGUUGUGCAAGGAGGUUAUGGGCUGUAUCCGCACGAUGGCUGGGACACCGAAAGCCUGACCGUGUGAGGACGUUUGAGGACGUUAGGCAUGCAGUUUAGAGAUGGUGCCAGGCAAUCAACAGAAAGGCUAUGAUAGACACGUGAUUUUUCUUGUUUGGCUUCAGGUGUGGACGUUGUGAUGGAUUGUUACUGGGCAUAGGUGUGUGGACGUGGGAAUUGCAUGUGAAACAAAAUGUUUGUCAAUGUGGUGACCUUCUUGCGAAAUACAACGGUUC